CAGCUGUGGAGGGGUGUGUACUCAUGCAUGUGUGCAGUUAGAGCGUCUGCAGCAGGCACAGACAGUUGGGCUUGGCCAGAGCGGAGGUGUUUUGCUUUGUUCAGAAAGCACUGAGAAGAAGACAGCAACAGGGGUUGGUUGUUUGUGAGAGGUUCCUCGGAUUGCUUAUCUGGGAAGAAUCUGAGAAAAAGAGAGGAGGAGGAGGUGGGGGGGAAAGAGACUUUGAAUUUUUCUUUCUUUUUCCUGAAGUGCAAAUCAGCUUGGGACACCUGAGCCUGCUAUGCCAACCGAACUCUCCCACAUGGUGAGAAUGCAUGCCAUCUCUGAUUUCCCCUCCUCGCUGACAGCACGGCUUCUCCACAAGGGUCCAGAGUACCUUCGCAAGCAGAUGGAGGCAGCCAACCCUAGCAGGAAGAGCGCCGUGGAAAGGUUGGCAGCAGAUAAGGCCAAGUACGUGAAAAGCCAGCAAGUCAUCAGCAGGAAGCAGGUGCCGGCCAUCACCCUCAGCUCAACUUCUGAGAGUAGCAGCGAGACUUGCUCAGUAGAAAGCAAGAAGGCUGAUCGCUCAAGAGAGGAGAAGGACACGGCAGCCCAAGUUCCCACAGCCACAGAGCUGAGUCCGGCAGCCCUGCAAGACGGCCCUCCCAUUGUGAGGCGCAACAGUGGUAAAAGGCAGAUCCGACCAGAUUCCUUGGUGAUCUAUCGUCAGAAAUGUGAAUUUGUCAGAGGUCAAAGCCAGGAGAAUACUCGUGGAAAUUUGGUCCGGAGGCUGUUCCAGGGUUCCUUCAAGGAAAAACAGCUGAUUUCUGAGGUGUCCAAAGUUGUUCUCAAGGAGGAAACCAUUCCUGAAGUGGAAGGGACUAUUGUGGGCAAAGACACAAGACAUAGCUAUGACCUAGAAGGACAGAAUUCACCCACAAAGGCAAACCCAAUGCCCUUUCUGGUCAGCAAAUGCAAAAAUGCCCUAAAUGUGACUUCAGCACCUUAUGAUGUAAAGGAGAUGAGGCAGAAAGGUCUUCAGAGAUCUCAGUCAGAUAUCAGUUCGCGAUAUUCAAAAUCCUUCUCUGAAUUUGACACUUUCUUUAAGAACUGUGGUCUUGAACCUGAAGUAAUAAAAGAUUUAGGCCAAGAGAAUAUUUCAGUGGCUUCAGACAACUUCUCAUUCCAUCUCCACAGCCUCAGUGGGGCAGCUUCUGAAAGUGACUUCACGAGACACAGCGAUGAAGAUGGACUCCUGGAGGAAGAGCUCACAGAACAGGCGCCUAGUGGCACCUCUGUGGUUGAACGCAAUGCUCGGAUAAUCAAGUGGCUGUACAUGUGCAAGAAAGCCAAAGAGGCUAAUGUGAUGAUGCAAGACUUGGCAUAAGGACUGCUUCCUUCAUAGAGACACCCAGAAUAGAUGCAUUCAAUGAAGAAUGAACACAACAGAGAACGGAUUUACAACAUCCAUUUCCCGAUUUUUUUUCAUUAAAGGAGCAGAAGAAUCUUUGCUGCUUCUUAAAGGAUGUAUUGAACCUGAAGAUCAGACUCAAGAAGUGAAAGCUGAUGCUUCUUGUUGUGGUUUAGAACAGAAAGCAUGAGUCAUGCAUGGACCUCUUUUGAUGUACAUUUUCAUAACAAAGAGAAACCUACAGUUAAUUGUCUCUGAGAGAUAAUUUCAUUGUUUCCAACAAUGAAAAGCAUAAUUUCUGUAUAAGAAAACUUUGUGUGUCUGUGUUUCUGUGUGUGUGAGCAUGUGUGUGUGUGUGUGUGUGUGUGUGUGUGUGUAUCAGUAGUGGGUUCCACUUACCUUCACUACUGGUUCAGAACUGGGAACGUGCGCAUGGCACUUCUGUGCAUGUGCAGAGCAUCCAUGAUGAUGUCCAGGCGGGUGGGCGGAGCCUCCUGCCGCCACCACUACCGGUUCACCUGAACUGGGACAAACCGGUAGAAACUCACCACUGGUAUGGAUGGGUACACUGUAUGAAAGGUGAGAAAGGUACAUGUCCACUUUGUGGCUUGUAUUUAUAAGAUACUACAGUGAUCGAUAUGGAUGGAUAUUAACUUGUGGGACAAGUUAUAUGUCAGGAAACAAUUAUCUCCAAGAUUCUGGUCUAAAUUGCUAAGUUAAUGUUUACAGUGGAAUAGAUAGGGUCUUCUCUAAAUAUAGAAAGCUGCCUUUCAAUUAGGCAGAUUGUCUGUCUGUCUGUCUGUCUGUCUGUCUGUCUGUCUGUCUGUCUGUCUGUCUAGCUAGCUAGCUAGCUACCUACCUACCUACCUACCUACCUACCUACCUACCUACCUACCCUCUCAGUAGUAAUUGAGAUGAUACAUCACAGGAAGCCAUAAUAGUGGUUUUGCCUGGCUUGAAUAUGUUGUGCAAAUUUAGACCUUUGAGUUUAUGGAGCUUAGUGCAAUGUUUGAACUGGAAAGGGCUUAUUUUUUUAAAAAAAAAAUCUAUAAUAUAAGCAUGAGGCAUGAACCUUGCCAGUACUGCCUUCAGCAACUUACACACACUCUAGGAUUUCAGAGAAGAAACUUUGGGGUGCGGUCGUGGGCCUGCCUGCCGCCCAAUUGCUUGACCCAGAACUCUUCCUCCCCUUCCAUUACUUCAGAGUCCUAAAAAAACCCACCCCAAAAGGUUCAGGAUUGUCUCAGAUUAGAAAUAAUGUUACCCCAGAGCUGCAACUGGUAAUCCAAUCCAGUGGUGGGAUUCAACUGUUUCACACCACUUCAGCUGAACCACCUGUUAAAUUGCUGGCUCGCCCCGUCCUGCCCCUUCCAGAAGUCCCCACGCACCCUGUUUUGGCUCCCAGGGGGCUGCAGGGAGGCCUACUAGGCCCAAAACAGGGCAUGGGUGGGCACGGUGCGGUCCCCCAUGGCCCAUUUUUGCUCUCAAGGGGGUGCAGGAGGCCGAGUGCUGCCUGUCACACCCCCUGGGCACGCCCACCAUGGCCAUGCCCACCCAGCUGGUCAUUAGGGCAGAGAACCGGUUGUUAAAUUAUUUGAAUCCCACCACUGAUCCAAUCCCAGUUCUCAUGUCUUAUGUACUAUAUUCAGUUUUAAUGUGCCAUGGUACUAAACAGUCGCCUCCCCCUCCCCUAAAUAAUGGAAUGGUGCUCAUUAUUAUAAAACAGCAUUGCUUUUUUUUUUAAUGGUACAAGUAGGUUGCACGGGCAGAUGCCUGGUUUAAAGAAGCCUGAGGGCAUAGAGCUGUCUUGAGUAGUUACAGUGUCUGUGAGAAGAUGGUUUCUGAUUGUGGUUUUCCAAGUCUGUUCCUCUGCCACCCGGGAAUCGCUGGCUGUCAUUUCUGUAACAGCAAGCAAGCAAGCGCAAACAUGUCUUAACUCUGCUCUUUCAGAAAGACAGAGAAGACGGCUUCUUCUUCCCCAAGUUGGCAUUCUUAUAUAGCAAAACUGGCCAUAUCUGUCUGUCUGUCUAUCUAGGUAGAUAAAUAGAUAGCAAAGUUGACGCUGAAUAACCAAACUUCCCACAGUCAAAAUCAAAAUUAUUAUUAUUAUUUGUCUGGAAAAUGUGGGGCAGUUCUUAUCAUGGAAAUAGAGGCUUGUCUGAACAUUCCUCAUUCCUCAAUAGGUAGCAGCCUUUUUGUCUAAGGCUGGCAUGCACAGACUGGAAGUCAGGAACCCUUUCGUGCUAACAAAACCCUUCAUUCUCCUGUGUGGGAAAAGGUCAGUCUGGGAUUUCAUUCUGCAAUAUUCCCAAGGCUGUUUUGGGUUAGAAUAGAAUAGAGCUGGAAGGGAUCCUUGGAGGUCUUCUAGUCCAGCCCACAAGAUAGCAGUGGGCAAAUAGAAAAAAGGGAUCUCUUUUAAAAGAUUAUUAUCAUUGCAGCUCCAUACAAUAUAAUAUCUUUUUCUUUCUUUUCUCUUUUUCCUGAAGUAGGGGUGGGCAAGCUAUGGCCCCUUUAUGACCUGGGGACUUCAACUCCAAGAAUUCCUGAGCCAGCCAUGUGGCUCAGGAAUGCUGGGAGUUGAGGUCCGCAGGUCGUGAAGGGGCCAUAGUUGCCCACUCCUGGUGUUGAGCGUUAGGGCUUGGGGAAGGUGGGGUUUCAGAGUUUUUUAAAAUUGAAAUUAGAUGAGGAUUUUUUUUUUCUCCUUCCGGUCAACCAUGUCAGAUUCUUGGUGACUGCCUGGAGAAGCCCCCUGCAGUUUUCUUGACAAGAUUUCUCAGAAAUGGCUUGCCUUUGGCUCCUUCUUAAGGCUGGGGGAUGAAUGGGUACUCAUUUUCUUCUUAAUUCCCCCCCCCCAAACUAUAAGAGACUCUUCCACUCUAUGAGGGGCAUCUCUAGGGGCCAUAAAGGCCAUCUCUUCAUACCUAGUUUAUUGCUCAAUGUUGUGAAUAAAUACAGUCACUGUGACUGAUUCAAAAAACCAUGGUUAAACAAACCAAGGAUUAGUACAUGAGAACAUUUAGCUGCCAUAUCUUGCCUGUGGGUUUCCAGAAGUGAUUGAUUAUUGCAGGAAAUUGGAUGCAAGUUUAGAUAGGUAUUUGUUCUGAUUCUACAAAUAUUAACUUUAAUAUUAAUUAUUAUCAAGUUAAUAUAUUAAAAAUUAUUCCAAAUUCCAUUUUUGCUGCAGCCCCUUGAUUUUUCUUCUGUUCCUAUUUUUCCUUCACCUGCACUCCCUCCACCCCCGUUGCCUUUGUGUGUCCUUUAUAUACAUACACUUGAUGUGUGUCCUUUAUAUACAUACACUUCAGUCCCCACCACUGAAAGAUUGCUGAUCCCAAUGGGUAAGAGAGCUCUGUUUAUGUAGAUCUGCAGGCAGGGAUCAAGAAUGAAAUAUUUUUUUUUUAUUUUAAUUUAUUCUGGACUUGGGAAGCUAAACCAGCACUUGAAGUGCUAAUUAAUAGAGUAUAUUGGUCGAAAAAAUAUGGUUGGUAAACAGUAAGUGGCUAUUUUGCUUUUAGUAAAUGCAGCCCAUUUGGGCUCUGGAUGUUUUGAUAAUAUUAAUGAGGCAUUAAAAGAGGUGAGCGUAUGCCCUGUAAGAGAUGUAUCACAAGCAUUUGUCCAUUCCUCUCAGAUCUGCUGUUAACUGCAAAAUAUGUCAUGUAAUUGUAUUUAAAGCUUAGUGCUGAUAAGUCUUUGUGAAAUCUAUUUUUUCACUGUAAUGACGUUUGUUACCAAAAAAAAUUGCUGCUAACAUGGACGAAAUUUAUUACUGCUACGUAUGUAUGUCCUUAUAGUAAUGUGUCAAAGUUGCUGAUCCAAAAGGAAAUCCACUGUACUUUUGCAUUCUUUCUAGAGUAUAAUAAGUUAUUUAUUUAAUUAUUGUGAAAAGUAAAGGACCGAAAAAAUCUCUCCUUCAAACUAACAGUCCCCUAAAAUGAUGAAUUAAUUUGUGUGGAAAUGUUCUGCCUCCAUGAGUAAACUAGGAUUAGUCCAAAAAAAAAAAACCAAUCACACCACUUUUAUGAAUUAAACUUUAUCACAUUAAAUUAAUGUAGCUAUUAACUUUAUAAAAUAAAUAUGUUUCAUUGGCAACAAACAAAAAUCAAAAUCAGAUUUAAAACCAUAUUUUUAAAGGAAAAGAUGAGUUUGCUUACUUUCACAUAAUUUCAUAAUUCCAUAUUCACAUUCAUUUUGAAACAAGAAAACCUAUUGCUUGUUCCAUAUUUAAUGUCUUUCAUCAUUAAUUUGUUCAUUAUGUCAACAACUGCAAGACCUGAAAGAUUAUAUUUGGAUCAAAUCCUAGAAAAAAUCUCUCUUUGUGGCUGUUAAGGGUAGACACCAAUCUGAUGGCAUUUCAUCAAUCAUAGAAAAUCCUGACUAAAUAAGGCUCUAUGUGGACUUCAGCUCCCAGAAUUCUCCAGCCAAGCAUGCUGGAGUACAUCUUAAAGAUGCAAAGGCUGAGAAACACUCUACAAAGUAUUCUUUGCCUUUGUGUUUAGUUUUUUUGUGCUAAUGAGCACUGAUCAAAAUUCAAAGAGAGACAUCAGGAUUUUUUUCCCCCAAGAAAGUAUCAGAAAAUACAUCUAUCAAUAGUUCCUCCACAGUAGUAUGGCGUAUAUCAGCUGUAAUCAAGCAUGGAAUAGUUCCUUAAAUUCAUUGUCAUUGUACUAUUACAGGCAGUCAAAAACUAUGGAUCUGCUAUAUGUAUUCCAGAAAUGCCCAGACACAGAGAUAUUUAUAAGAGAAUUCAGAUCUAGAUAACAGUGAUCCAUAUGUAUAUGAAUAAGAAUAAUGGUUUCUCACAUGAACAUCUGGUGUAGUGGUUAUACUAUCCUGAAAUCAGGUUUGCUCAUUUUAAUUGUGUUAAAAACCCAGUGCACAAAAUAUACUACAUUUAAAAGCAUACAUUUAUAUGCAUUUUAACAUAACAGCGAUUGACAAUUUUUAAAAGUAUUAUAAAAUAGAUAUGCAGGUAUUUCAAACUAAUGUUCUACAACAGUAAUUUAAAGAAUACAAACUGUUAAAUGUUCAUAGCAAUCUUGUGCUUCUGCUAACCAAAGCUUAAUAAUAUUCAAUAUGUAAACUUAUUAGCGGUACUCUAAAGUUGAAGCUUGAGCAUCGUGCCUGAGCAAAAUCUUAAAAAAUCCUUGUGAUCUUCUUCUAGUUUAUUCAUGGCCUGCUGGGGAUCACGACCCACAGUUUAAGAACCUCUGUUUUGUGGAACAAAGGUAGCUUCCCAUUUGGAUUUAUCUCCCUGUCUAGAAAAGGUAUCUUGGGGUAUAUGUGUGGGUGUUAGUGUAUGUGUCAAUCUUCAAAUAGAAAUUAUAUUAUAAAAUUAUAUAAAUUUUAUGUAUCAUUUGCAGGAGGUGAUUAAAUUAUCUGCUUUUCAGUGAAGGUUUAUCUCAUACAUCAAAGCAUCAACCAAUGUUUUUUACUCUCGGUUGCACAAACCUAGGCCUUUGUUGUUAUUCAGCAACAUUUGGAGAGUCACAGGCUUCCCAUCUCUUAUCCACCAACUUUACAUAAAAUGAUAUGUAGAGGGAACACAUGGUAUGGGAGACAGGAUUAUGCCCAUUGACCAUACAUACCCUCAGUAAAGUGGAAUUAUCUGAUUAUAAAUCUGUAGUAAUCAUAAGCAAAUUCAUGCUUCUUAUGACUUUUGGUAUAUUUGGAAUAUAUUAAGAGUGGGGCCACUCUGAUCUCAGACUCUAGCCCUAUGGAUUCCAUGACAUCUCUCUCUAAUGAGAAAAGUUGAGGAGAAAACAGAUUUAGCCAUUAUCUUGAAGUCAGGGAAAAAAGCAGAAUAAAAAUGCAAAAUAAAUACAUUCAUUUCCUGCAGUA